UUUCCUUAUGGAAAUGGUCACCAUUGAUUUGGUUGUUUUUUUGUUUUUGUUUGUUGUUGUUGUUGUUUUUUCCUUUUUUGUUUGUUUGUUUGUUUGUUUGAAUAAUUGCAAGAAGAGCCUGACCCAAUCACCCUCCAAUUCCGUUAUCUAAAGGAUUUCGGAUCUUGAUUAGAACCGAAACUUCCUAGGGUCGAACGUACAAAGGGCCGAAACCUUUGGUAACCGGAUUUAUUGAUACCAAUAUGGAGGAUGUUUCAAAUAUGUUGAAGAGAUUUGAGGGUUCGGAAGAGGAAGCCAUGCUAAAGAAAUGUUUGCAUUUACUUGACCCUCUUAAUUUUCUUAACUUUGUCAUAAAAUCUUGCAAUGCCUUUACACCCGUUUCGUUUUCGAGUGCAGACAUUGUUUUAAAACCACUUUACGACGAGCAUUUAAGAGGAAGCAUCCAGAACCGAACAUUUUGUCAUCAGUUUGAAGAAGUUGAACUGGAGGAACUGGUGCCUCGUUAUACCAAAGUGACGUUUCAUCAACUCUUUAACAUGGACAUUGUAAAGGAAUUGUCCACAAAUGGAGUGAGAGGUCUAAAAGAAGAAUAUAAACCGGCCUUGCUGACUAUUUUGACGUAUUUGCGCAAUUUAGAGUUUCAUAUGGAGGCUAUGUCCUGUAUGGGAGGAUUGGAUGAGACUGAAGUGACCGCUAUAAUGGUGGUGCAUUUUCUGUCGCAGCUGAUUCCAGGAAAAGACUACGUGACAGACAAUAGGUCCAGUGGUGUUUCACAGACUCAAAAGUGUCCAUGUCAACAUAAGAAUUGUAAGGAAACUGUAAAAUCUGGCUGUACAGCAAUAGGUUCCUCUCCAGUUUGGCAUGGUUAUGCAGACAUUCUUUUAAGUCAGAAGAUAGCAGUAUCUGUUCUUCCAAAGCCACCAACGUCUGAUAAGGAGAAAACACCAAGCAAGGAAGAUACAGACAAUGUGGAGGGUCCAUCAGCAUCAAAACGUGUGUGUAAGCCUGAUCAGGAUUCAGAGGAGGUGAAAGAUACACUCGUAGAAACCGCCAUAAUGGAUUGCAGUGUUUCAAAACAAAUGAUAGCACAAGCCAUAACAAACGCCUUUGCUCGGUUGAAUGCAAACCCUGAAUUGUCUGGAUGGUUAAUUCCCACACUUGCUUGCACAAGGGAUGAUUUUCUUGUAUUCCUUUAUGACCCCAAAAAUGAUGUGUUGCUGCAGUGUGAGAUAGAAAUUCCUAUUUGGGUUGAGAAUACACUCAGUAUGAAUGCAGUUAUUCAAAUUUGGAUGCUUUUGAACUUUACAUUUUUCAUGAACAAAAACCUUGCAGAUGACUAUGAGAUAGAAAAGUCAAACUUUCAUGAUCUUGUAGACAAAAUGUUGCCCCUUUACAGGAGCACUAGCUGUCAUAAGUUUUUCACUGGUGACUGUUCUCCCAUUGAAGAGACUUAUAAGCGUAUGUUAAGGACUUGUCGUCUCUGGGCAAAAGAAGCCCCCCAAAAGAAAAACUGAUGUCAAUGAAUGUAAUUUUGUCAAGCUCCAAUUAUUUCUUGUAAUACAUUUUAUUGUCUGCCGUCCUUUUGACUUCCAGAUGGGAUUUAUGGUGCAAUUUUGUCUGUACAUGGUUCAGAUGUUAUAUAUCUCUGUAUUUUUACAUUGCCACCUUAAACUUUAGAAUCAAAUAAUCCACAAUAUAUUUCCCCACACCACAUGUGUCAAAACAAACCUUUAAACAUUGAAGUCCCAAAUUGAACUGAGCCAUGAUAGGUUGCUAGUCAAUUUGAGGGUGUUGAUUUCCAUAUUUAUCAUAUGUUUCAAUAUUUUGACAUGUAGUUAUCUUUCCUGUUUCCAUUCCUUGUGAGAAGGCUUUUUCUUUGGUACCAAAGUUUCUGACCUUAUACUAGGGCUAUCCAAAAAGUCCGAGGACUGUGACGUUUUUGUCAAUUUUUUUUUUUUUUUUAAAUCAGAUUCUACGAACUCUAUAACAAAAUAUUUGUUGUGAAAUUCUGAUUCAUAAUAUGGUAGAUUUUGAUGUUACAUCUUACAUUGAGGUCUUGAAAGGUCAUGGAGGUCACAUGUGGUCUAAGGUAAAAAGGUAUGUACAUGUAGAUGAUGUAUACAGAUAUGCUGAUAAAAGAUACUUUUUUU